AUGACAGGUCUGAGUCUGGAAGACCUAACAGUUUUGAAUUUUGAAAACAAUGAAAUAAGCAUAAAUGUGGGAGGCUUUAAGAAAAAGCUGAGGUGGAAGACCGUGUCCCGAUUUCCCGAAACCAGGCUCGCCAGGCUGCUGAGCUGCCAGUCCAAAGAGUCUAUACUAGAACUGUGUGACGAUUACGAUGACACAGAAAAGGAGUUCUACUUUGACAGGAACCCUGCCCUGUUCCCUUAUGUUUUAAAUUUUUAUAACACCGGCAGGCUUCAUGUGAUGGCGGAGCUCUGCAUUUUCUCUUUCAGCCAAGAGAUAGAAUACUGGGGCAUAAACGAGUUCUUCAUUGACUCCUGCUGCAGCACCAUGUACCACGGCAGGAAAAUAGAGCCAGAACAAGAAGACUGGGAUGACAAAAGCGAAGACGAGAGCACCACGUCUUCCUUCGAUGAGAUCCUUGGCUUCUACAAUGAUGCUUCUAAGUUUGAUAAUCAACCCCUGGGGAAUAUCAGGAGGAGGAUCUGGUUAAUGCUGGACAACCCUGGCUAUUCUAUCCUGAGUAGGCUAUUCAGCUUCCUUUCAAUAUUGGUAGUCCUGGGGUCUAUAGUUACCAUGUGUAUGAACAGUAUGUCUGACUUUCAGAAAUUUGACAGUGAAGGGAAACCAGUAGAGGACCCCAUGUUUGAAAUGGUGGAGCACUUUGGAAUUGGGUGGUUCACUUUUGAGUUGGUGGCAAGAUUCGCAGUUGCACCAAGUCUCAUCAGAUUCUUUGAACACCCUUUAAAUCUCAUAGACCUGAUGUCAAUCUUACCUUUUUAUUUGACUCUUUUCAUCAACCUGGUGGUAGAGAGCAGCCCGGCGCUUGCAAACCUUGGUCGCGUGGCUCAGGUUCUGAGACUCAUGAGGAUCUUCCGGAUCUUGAAGCUUGCGAGACAUUCAACAGGGCUUAGAUCCCUUGGAGCCACACUCAAGAACAGUUACAAAGAGGUUGGCCUCCUUCUGCUGUAUUUAUCUGUUGGGGUCUCCUUUUUCUCAGUGGUGGCCUACACAAUUGAAAAAGAAGAAAACGAUGGACUGACCACCAUCCCUGCCUGCUGGUGGUGGGCCACGGUCAGCAUGACCACAGUGGGCUAUGGCGACGUGGUGCCAGGAUCCAUAGCAGGCAAGCUAACCGCAUCUGCCUGCAUAUUAGCAGGGAUCCUGGUGGUAGUGCUUCCCAUCACACUCAUUUUCAACAAGUUUUCCCACUUCUACAAAAGACAAAAGCAACUGGAAUCUGCAAUGAGGAGCUGUGACUUUGACGAGGGAGUAAAGGAGGCACCUUCUAUUAAUCUGAGGAACUAUUAUGCACACAAAGUGAAAUCCUUAAUGGCAAGCCUUUCAAAUAUGAGCCGGAUUUCACCCAGUGAUCAGAGCCUUAACAAUUCAGUACUUUGAAGGUGACCAAAGCAAAAGUCAGCAUGAGAGGUAGUGUACUUUGCUUCCUAAUAUUUCAUUAACAUUGGAUGCAUGGACAAGGAGAACCUCAAGUAAAUCAAGGUAAAUAAAUAAAUAAAUAAAAAAAAACACACACAAACUGGUACUUCUUGUUGUGUACAGAUUUAAUCAAUUAAAGACGUCAGCAAAUUGGAAAAUAUUUUCUUUAUUACAUUGUUGAAAAACUGGAGCACCUCCGAACACAUCAGUGAGUGCCUGCUGUGUACAGAUCUAAAUUACAUUAUAAUCUUUUGGAACCGCUGCAAAUGUGUGUUUCAUGUUUUAACAGUAUAAAGAAAUAUUAUAUAGCACAGACAAUUUCAUAUUGACAAUGGACUGUAGAAGUACAGUUGGGUCAGUAACUUCUUGUUCAAGCACAUUAAAAUGAUAAAAUGGUCUGAAGUAAAUGGGCAGCAUUUUACAUCCAGUUCAUCAAGUGCAUUAUUCACCAAUAUGGUAGAAUACAAUUUAAUUUUGAAAAAUCUGGGACUUGUCCCCUGGAGAUGCAAGCAACAAAUGAGGUGUUGAAUCAAAUGUACGAGUAACAAGUACAAAGCAGCUAGGAAUUCAAAUGGGCUCAUUUUGUGUUUGUUUUAGUGUUAUAAAAGUUUACCAUAGUAAAAGCAUAGCAAAGAGUAAUGAAGCAGUGUGAAAGCAUGGUAGAUCAAAGCCCAGAGCAGUAUGGCAAAGCAUAUUAAAAACAUUGCAAAACAUGUUAAACUAUAAUAAAUGCAUAACAUAACCACAGGCAAACGCAAAAGUACUGUGCAAAAACACCACAGUCAAAUUUUAGAAGGCUAGUUUGGUUACUUAUGGCCUUUGUUCCAAAAGAGUAACUUACAGGUUGGUAAUUAUUUUGGUCUUUUCACAGCCUUGAAAACAAAGCUCUCAAGUUACUUUCAAUCAAUCAAGCAAGCUUUCCUUUUAUAUAGCGCCUUUCACAAUAUUACUAAAAGUAACAAUAAGCAGUAAAAAUUAACAGAAUAAAAA